ACGCGUGGCCUUCAUUCAGUGAUUCUUGUAAAUCUUUAAUCUAUAAAACCUUUUUGAAAUGUUAAAGUAUACUUCAGAGAAGAGUACAGUAUGUAAACUUAUAGUUAGGGUUUACUAGUAAGUUGCAAACUAAGCUGUUACCUAUUUUAUCUUGUGUCUUUCUCCAGGUAUUGUUUUAAAAUAGAUAUUAUUGUAUUCACUUGAAAACCUGUAGCUUAGGGAAGGUCAGUGCUGGGCGAAGGUCAAACAGUGGUUUCCCUGGGGUUCACACCACGGUGAUGUGAAUUCUACGUCCUUUCUCACACACCCUACUGCCUUUCUUACAAAGUUAUGUGUGAAGAUUAGGUAGUGAUAAGUUAGUAUACAUAAACAUAAGUUAUUUUUGGCUUCUCGUGCAUUUUUAGCACAUCAAAAAAUUAGGCAACCAUAAAAUCUUUGUAAUACAUUUAGCAGAAGAGUGAGUUCUAUGUGAGUACAAUUAUAGUCUUAUUUCAGCAGAAGCUGUGAUGGCCCCAAACAACCCACGCUGUGACUUUGUCUCUUGAGAACUCGGCUUUUUCAAGCAUUACACAAUGCAGUUCUAGCCACACCCGUAGUUUCUGUUCAGUGGGAUUCUCUUCUUCUUGGUUCCAGUAAGCACCACAUUUCACAACCAAGUCUACAGUUCCUCCUGAAGCUUGUUCUUCAAUAUACAGAGGCCCCAGUCACAAUGGUGACUAAAUGGACCCGACUCUGCUCUCAAGAAGUUAACACCUCUCUGUUAAGAGCUUUAGCUGCUUUUUGCAGAGGACCCUGAUUCAGUUCUAAGCCCCCACGAUGCUUGGCUGAGGACACCUUGCAGCUACAGCUGCAAGGAAUCCAAGGUCUCUAACCUCUGUGGGCCGUGACACUCAAAUAAACACACACACACACACACACACACACACACACACACACACCAUAAACAUCAAAAGGAAGGUCUUUUAAAACUCCUUCCCGCUGCCCAUCACCCUGAGGUGCACGGUGCUACCUGCUGGUGCACUGCCAUGCGAGACCACUGCGGUACAGCUGUGUGACAGGAGUCCUCCGUACACUGAAGAGUGAGCCUGGGGAUACACUGCUGUGCAUGCAGUAGUGCGUGGUACUCCCUGGGACCAAGGAAUCACACAGCACAGAAACUGCGUGUGGCUAGAAUUAAACUGUAACUCUCCAAACAACUGUGGGUUCUCAGCAGACAGCUUCAAGACACGGGCUGUUUGAGGACUGCGAUUGCCUAUUGCUUUGAGUUUUUCUUUCUAGUAAAUCAAUAAAGUAUGGAAGUCAGAAGACAAGCUGUUCUCUCCUUCCACCAUGUGAGUUCCAGGGAUUGAACUCAAGUCGUCAGGCUUGACAGCAGAUGCCCUUAUCUCAGAUCUGUUGUCAUCCGAAGGGAUGGACGCUCCAUGGUCAGAAACCAAGCAUCAAACUGAAACACCCUGAUGUGCAGAUUGCCAAUGAUGUGGCCAUCCCAGAUGAUUUCUCAGACUUCUCCCUUGCUAAGACAAUUAGCAGGAUUGAAGGGCAGCUGGAAGAGGAUGGCUUGCCAGAAUGUGCGGAUGACGACAGUUUCUGUGGUGUUAGCAAGGACAUUGGGACAGAUGCUCAGAUCCGAUUUCUAAAGGCCAAACUCCACGUGAUGCAGGAGGAGCUGGACAGUGUGGUGUGCGAGUGCAGUACGAAGGAGGAUGAAAUUCAGGAUUUAAAGUCCAAGGUGAAAAAUUUUGAAGAAGACUGUGUGAGACAGCAGCGAACAAUUACAUCCCAACAAUCCCAAAUAGAAAAAUAUAAGACUCUUUUUGAAGAAGCAAGCAAAAAAUGUGAUGGAUUACAGCAGCAGCUGUCAUCGGUAGAAAGGGAAUUAGAAAAUAAAAAAAGAUUACAAAAACAGGCUGCUACAAGCCAAAGUGCCACAGAGGUCCGCCUGAAUCGUGCUCUAGAAGAAGCAGAAAAGUAUAAAGUGGAGCUGAGCAAACUAAGGCAGAACAACAAGGAUAUUGCAAAUGAAGACCAUCAAAAAAUUGAAGUGUUAAAAUCAGAAAAUAAGAAACUAGAAAGGCAAAAAGGAGAAUUAAUGAUUGGGUUCAAGAAGCAAUUGAAAUUAAUUGACAUUUUAAAAAGGCAGAAGAUGCAUAUUGAAGCUGCCAAGAUGCUGUCUUUCAGUGAGGAGGAGUUUAUGAAGGCUCUUGAGUGGGGCAGUUCAUGAGUGAGUGAUUUCAGUUUGAUGCUUGUUUAUGUUAGUUUGACAGCAAAUUGUAGUGUUUCUUUAUUGUUCAUAAGUAAUGAGAAUAUUUGUGAAAUAAAAGGUUCAGACAAUGACCUGUUGAAAUAAACAGUGUGUGGAAAAGGAUGUUGUAAAAUAAA